AUGGCGUCGGGUGUUCGGCAGUUUCCCACGAUCAAGGCCAUUCGAUCAUAUGUGAUUGGCGGCGUCGGAUCAGGAGGUGAUUAUCAUAAUGUCAAAGGUGGUCACUGGCUUAUUGAUAGCGAUAUUUCCACUCCAUGCUCAAUAUGGGAGCAGUAUCGCAAGUCUCGAACCAGCUGGGGAAUCAACGUGCUCGGAUCGUUCUUGGUGGAAAUCGAAGCAUCUGAUGGCACAGUUGGAUUUGCCACUGGGUUUGGAGGCCCCCCGGGAUGUUGGCUCAUUCAUCAGCAUUUUGAACGCUUCUUAAUCGGCGCAGACCCUCGCAACACCAACCUCCUUUUCGAGCAGAUGUAUCGGGCGUCCAUGUUCUAUGGCCGAAAGGGUUUACCUGUCGCCGUCAUCUCAGUUAUUGACCUUGCCAUAUGGGAUCUGCUGGGAAAGUUGCGAAACGAGCCCGUCUACCGUCUUAUCGGCGGCGCCACCAAAGAACGCAUAAACUUCUACUGCACCGGCCCCCAACCAACUGCCGCCCGAGAUAUGGGUUUCUGGGGAGCGAAGGUUCCAUUGCCGUUUUGCCCUGAAGAGGGUCAUAUCGGCCUUCGCAAGAACGUCGAAUUUCUUCGAAAGCACAGGGAAUCGGUUGGUCCUGAUUUCCCCAUCAUGGUUGACUGCUACAUGAGUCUCAAUGUGUCCUAUACGAUUCAACUUGUUGAAGCAUGCAAGGAGCUCAACAUCAACUGGUGGGAAGAAUGCCUGUCGCCAGACGACACAGACGGCUUUGCACAAAUCAAGCGUGCGCACCCAACAGUCAAGUUCACCACGGGCGAGCAUGAAUAUUCUCGAUACGGAUUCCGCAAGCUCAUCGAGCCACGAAACCUGGAUAUCAUCCAGCCCGACGUCAUGUGGCUUGGUGGCAUGACGGAGCUGCUCAAAGUUGCAGCCAUGGCUGCUGCAUACGAUAUUCCAGUCGUGCCACAUGCCAGUGGUCCGUACAGCUACCACUUUGUUAUCUCCCAGCCCAACACGCCAUUCCAAGAAUACCUAGCCAAUUCUCCCGAUGGAAAGAGCGUGUUGCCAGUUUUCGGAGACUUGUUCAUUGACGAACCUAUCCCAACCAAGGGGUACCUGACGACGGCAGACUUGGAUAAGCCUGGGUUUGGACUGACCAUCAAUCCUGCUGUGAGAGCAAAGUUGAUUCCAGCGAGUAAUUUGUUGACUCCCACGCCGCUGGGCAUGCCAGCACCAGAGGUUGACGGCGCGCGUGAGAAAGAGAAUGGCGACUUGAAGCAUGCAAAGGUUAAUGGAACGAAACACGAGAACGGACUGGUGGGCAUGAUUGAAAAGUUGACGACUUAG